AUAUGGGACAUUUGGUGUCUCGAAGAAAACUGUUGGUGUGGUGCAAAAAGCAAUGGAAGCAUAUCUUAAUCCUUUUCACCGUAUGGACGGUAAUUUGGAUGCUGGGUCUCACAUCCUCUGAUACUUGGAAAUCACUGCUAGAAUCGUGUAGACUUCACUGGAAAAAGAGCCCUCUCCCCGCACAAUCCUCAAUAGAGGACGUUUACAGAAGAGCAAAGAUGGUAAAAUCAGCUUGUAACAUCGCCGCGUCUCCAGAUGCAGACGUCAAAGCUGUAACAGAACUGUUGCGAAAAAGACUUGUAGUGCCUAUCCAGUUCCUAAUUGAGGACAAAUAUAAGGUUCUUUUCUGUCAAAUUUUCAAGGCAGGGUCCACAAAUGUCAAACGAUUGUUCAUUGUAGCCAAUAGACAGAAAAAUAGAACCUCGGACUUGGAUUUUAUGUCUGACAAAGCUCACAAAGUUUGGAAGGAAGAAAGAACCCUAUACCAGUACCUCACCCCAGCUAUAAAGAACUUUGAAGAAACCACAAAACGUCUGCUAGAAAAUUACACAAAAGUUCUGUUUGUGCGACACCCCUUCGAGCGUCUCGUCUCCUAUUAUCGAAUGAUGUUUCAUUUCACUUCCUUCGAAAGUGACGAUGUCAGUGGGAUUUCUUGGCACCUCUUCAAUCGCGUUCGGCGUCUGUUUCAUCGCCCAAUGAUUCCGCGAGAUCGUUCCAAAAAUCUCACCCAACUGUUCCCAUUCAGGGAUUUCAUUCAGUUUGUCAUUGACCACGCAAAAAAUACCAAAGAUGGCUCCUGGAAAGUUGAUGGCUAUGUGGACACCCACUGGUUGCCUAUAUCAGAACAGUGCUUUCCCUGCCAGGUGCGCUAUGACAUCAUAGGCAAAUUGGAAAACUUUGACGAAGAUCUUGACCAAAUAGCAAAACACAUCGGUAUUCGUCAGAAAAUUCUUUAUCCUUCUUCUAUGAAACGGAAAACAUACGGACACGUCAAAGAGGCCUUUAAAACGCUGUCGCCCCAGCAGAUCACGGAAUUAAAGAGAAUUUACAGCCGAGAUUUCAAACUUUUUAAUUAUGAGCAUGAUGAGUGA